CUAAUUCUUCGAUUGGCCAAUGACCACUGACCAGGAACAAAUUCGCGUAAACGUCAAACAAAGCUGUUCGAAGUCGUGUUUGAUUGAAUAGAUUGAUUUUACUUUAUCUCGCCUCAACUCAAGUAUGCCGAAAGUUCGACGAAGCAAGAAGCCACCUCCGGAUGGCUGGGAACUAAUCGAGCCAACGUUGGAGGAAUUGGAACAAAAAAUGCGAGAAGCUGAAACCGAGCCACACGAAGGAAAGAGAAAACAAGAAUCAUUGUGGCCAAUAUUUAAAAUUCAUCAUCAGAAAUCUCGUUACAUUUACGAUUUAUUUUAUCGUCGCAAAGCCAUCAGCAGAGAACUCUAUGACUACUGUCUCAACGAGAAUAUAGCUGACAAGAAUCUCAUAGCCAAGUGGAAGAAGGUUGGUUAUGAAAAUCUGUGCUGCCUGCGGUGUAUCCAAACCAGAGAUACAAAUUUUGGUACAAACUGCAUCUGCAGGGUUCCGAAGGGAAAGCUCGAGGAAGGAAGAAUAGUCGAGUGCAUCCAUUGUGGAUGCAGAGGUUGCUCCGGCUGAUGGAAUGAAUGUAAAAUUAUUACGAUGAUAAUAAUGAUAAUGUAAGGCACUGAUUUUAUUUAAAAAUUCAUAUCUUGUUAAACAGGGUGUAAGCGAAUACUUGUCCGUGUCUGUUUUUUUUUUUUCAUUCUUUUUUCAUCUCU